GCAAACAGAAGAGAAGAGGUGCAACGAUGGCUUCGACGAUGCAGCUGGAAUUUUCGCAGGCCAUGUCCGACUUUAAGAAUAUGUUUCCGGACAUGGAUCGCGAUGUGAUCGAGGCCGUGCUGCGUGCCAAUCAGGGGGCUGUCGAUGCCACCAUCGAUCAGCUGCUGGCCAUGAGCACCGACAAUCAGAACGAAAAGUUGCGCAACGAACUGGAGACUGAUGGGAGCGGUCCGAAACACAGCAAUCAGGGCGAACCGCCGCUACUGGAUCUUUCCGGUGGCGACUCCACCGGUGCGGAGCGAUUUCUUAGCACCUCACCAAACGCAACGGCCGCCAGCUCGAUUGCGCAACAGCUGGGCGCUUCGCCAAAAGUACGCAAACCUACCACGGCGGUCGGCGGUGCUGGAGCCCGAGUUGUUGCCGGCAGUGCCACGAAUAGUCCCAGAAUGCACCAGCCGGUCGGUGGACCGCCGGCAGUCGAAGCGGCCCAAGGCGAACGAUCAUCGGCGACGGCGGCGGCCAGUCGCCGCUGGAACCCACCACUGGUCGGACCGUUACCAGCGACGUUUCUGCGACUCGGCGGAACGCCCGGGGCUGGGGGUACGAUCGGUCCCGACGGUACCUACCGUAGCACCGAGUUCGAUCUCGGUGACGAACAGUUUGCGAUGAUGCUGCAGAACGAGGAGUUUAUGGCGGAGCUACGGUGGAAUCAGGAGUUUCUGUCCACGCUCGAAAAGGACCACCAAGGUAAGGUACAGGACGAUGCCGCGUUCAAGGAGCGGCUGCGCCACAUGGGGAAGGUUUCCAGGAAAAAGUUCGCCCAGCUGGCGCGCGUCUUCACCUGGCAGCGGGGCACCAACAAGAAGGCGAGCGCCGUGCGGCACCCGGAUUCGCUGCUGCUGCAGGAAGAACACAGCGAUGACGAGGAGCCGAAGCGUACGGGCAAAAAGUAGA